AUGGCGAAUAAAGGACAAGACGGCCCAUCGAUAACGACGGCAAUGAGCAGUAAGACGUACGACGAUAUGACGAUACCACAAUUGAAAAGUGAGUUAAAGACGCAUAAGUUAAAGACGUCAGGCGCAAAAGCCGAGCUGAUAAGGCGAUUAAGACGAUACGACGAAGACGACGAUAACGACGUUGAAAGUAGCAAUAAAAGCGACGAAAGCAAUGAUGAAUUUGACGAAACAGUGAUAAACGCAAAUGAGAGAGACGAAGACAAGGACGACGAUAAACCGAUGAGGCGCAGAGGCGGCGAUGACGGCAGAAAUAUUAACCAAUGGAUAAAGGAAUUCGACGAGCUAGCGAAGCUAUGUGAGUGGUCGGCGGUGCAUCAAACAAUAUAUGCAAGACGGUUAUUGAUCGGAUCGGCGCGACUAUUUGUGAAUCAUGAGGUACGAGGGGGAACUUGGAAGAACAUUAAGACGGCAUUGAAAUCUGAGUUCGCCCCCAAAACAGACAGUCAUGCGGUGCAUAUGAAGCUGCAAAAAAGAAAGAAGAAGACGGACGAAACAUACCAUCAGUAUUGUUACAAAUUGUUAGACAUAGUGUCGCCGAUAAAUAUGGAAACUUCCGCGGUAAUACAAUAUAUAAUUGACGGUAUUGUAGAUGAUGAGAUAAGUAAAACAAUUUUGUAUGGCGCUAAAACUAUUUCUCAAUUAAAAGCGAGAUUAGACACGUAUGAAUUAAUAAAAGCUAAAAAUAAAAACGCGAAUAAUGUUAAGGUUAGGUCAGAUGAUUUUAGGAAAAGACAGUUGCAGGCUAGUAAGACGGACGAAAAUGCGAAAAUCAAGCGCUGUUACAACUGUGGUGGGAAAAGUCAUGUUAGUUCUGCAUGUCCUUUGAAGGAAAAGGGGGUGCUGUGUUUCAAGUGCAACGGACAUGGACACAUUGCAGCGAAUUGUACACAGAGCACGAAGGAAAAAAACUGUAACGCGGCUCAGAGUAAGGUAGAGAACAAUCUGAAGGUAAUACGCGAUAAGUCUAAAAAAAUUUAUAAACUUGUUAAGACUUAUAAUAAUGAAGUAAACGCUUUGUUUGAUUCAGGUAGCAACAUAAGUCUCAUGCGUGCGGGAUUUUAUGUUAAGAUAGGAGCCCCGAGUCUAGUUAAGCAGACGAUUAAAUUUUGUGGCGUGGGUGCAGCUGAAAACGUCACAUUGGGACGAACUUAUGUGAAAAUAGAGACGAACGGCGAGUAUUUCGAAAUUGACUUUCAUGUGGUCGCAGACGCGCUCUUGAAUGAUGACGUUCUUGUUGGUUCAGACUUUUUAGAAAAUGUCGAUAUGCGAAUAAGAGGUGGUAAAAUAAUAAGUAUUACGAAAGUUGAGAAUGAAGCAAAUGAGUCUUUAUUUGUCAAUAAAAUCAAUGUUGUAACUGAAGCAAACAAAGUAGAAGUCGAGCAUGUGAAAGAUUCGGAUUACAAGAAACAAUUUCGACAGAUGAUAUUAGAUUAUAAGCCGGAAAAAACCAAAGACGUAGGAAUUAAGUUGCAAAUAGUAGUAAAGAAUGACGUUCCGAUGAUUCAACGCGCCCGGCGAUUAGCGCCGCAGGAACUAAAGAUAGUUGACUCACAGAUACAAGAAUGGUUAGAACAAGGCAUUAUUCAGUCGUCUUGUUCGAAUUAUGCUAGCCCCAUUGUACUUGUUAAGAAAAAAGAUGGCACAACGCGAUUGUGUGUAGAUUAUCGUAAGUUGAAUGAUAAAAUAACGAAAGUACGCUAUCCAUUACCCAUAAUUGAAGACCAGAUAGACAGACUUCAUGGUGCCCGAGUUUUUACGACGCUAGAUUUGGAAAACGGAUUUUUCCACGUUGCAGUAGAGGAAGAUAGUCGUAAAUAUACAGCAUUCAUAGUGCCCAACGGGCAUUACGAAUUAUUGCGAAUGCCGUUUGGAUUAAGUACUUCACCCGCGUAUUUCCAAAGAUAUAUAAACGCCAUAUUUAGAGAGUUAAUAGCGAAAGGAAUCGUUUCAGUUUAUAUGGACGACUUAACAAUACCCUCAAGUGAUUGUCAAGAAGGUUUAGCGCGGCUGAAAACGGUCUUGUCUGUAGCGAGCGAAUAUGGAUUAGCGGCAAAUUGGAAAAAGUGUCACUUUUUGCGGACGAAAGUUAAUUAUUUAGGCUACGUUAUAGAAGGUGGUGUUGUCGCGCCUAGCGAAGAUAAGACUAAAGUGAUAAAAAAUUAUCCGAUACCGAACGAUGUGAAAUCAGUGCAGAGCUUUUUAGGCCUUACAGGCUACUUUAGAAAAUUUGUGUCGGGAUAUGCUACGAUUACUCGUCCCUUGACUGAUUUAAUUAAAAAGAAUAUACCAAACUGCAUACCGACGCGUCAAGUCAAGGGUUCGGAGCGAUCUUAA